AAAUUUGUUCCGAGAAAGUUCUUAUGUAAAACUUGUCGUGUAAACACGUCCUUUAGCACGAACUAUACCUCAAGAAUGUCUCUAAAGACUUUUCCAAUACAUAAUUCAAAUGACCCACCAAAAGUUUAGCAACUGCAGAGAACAGAAUCAUUAGCUUCAACUAUUUUUCUUGUUUGAAACUUCAAACUUUGUCCUUCCAUUCUACAUUAAUUAUGGUUUGGACUCAUAAGUCAAGGCCUUUACUGUUACGUACAAUUCCCUGCUACUGAAGCUAUCUGUCCUGACCACCCAUUUGAAAGAGCAGUAGAGAACAUCUUUGCAAGGUAGUUACUUGCACAAACACAACUGCUUGCCCAACUCUGGAAUUACAUGCCCAGAUUUCUCAAUAUGAGAAGGCCAAGAUGCCACUUCCUAAUUCUUUUCAUUCAGUUUGUCUCCAUCACUAGCUUUUACCACUACGUAACGCCAAUAAGAGGUGAAGAUAAGAAAACUAGUGGUGUAACGGUGGAUGUGGGCAUAAUUCUUGAUCUGGAAACAGAUGUGGGAAAAGUAAUGCACACAUGUAUUUUACUAGCACUUGAAGAUUGCAAUGCCACUGCUAAUCACAGUGGCAUUAGGAUAGUCCCUCACUUGAGGGAUUCCAAGAAAGAUGAUGUUGAAGCAGCAUCCGCUGCCAUCUACUUGCUAAAGGAUGUCCAAGUACAAGCUAUCUUUGGGCCACAAAUGUCUACACAAACUGAUUUUGUGAUUGACUUAGGGAAGAGAGUAAAAGUCCCUAUCAUUUCUCCAGCAACAAGUCCUUUACUUGCGGUCGAGGAAAAUCCCUUCUUCAUCAGAGGAGCACUUCCUUCUUCCAGUCAGACUAAAGCCAUUGCAGCAAUUGUUAAAACCUAUGAGUGGAGGCAGGUCGUAGUCAUCUAUGAGGGUGGGCACUUUGGGACGGGGAUACUUCCACAUUUGACUGAUGCCUUACUGGAAAUUAGCACUUCAGUCUCCUAUAGAAGUGUUAUUUCUCCGUCAGCCAAUGAUGACCAAAUCCUCACUGAGCUAUACAAGAUGAAGACAAUGCAGACCAGGGUCUUCAUUGUGCACUUGAGACCAUUACUUGCCCAACGCCUUUUCCUCAAGGCAAACAAAGCCGGAAUGAUGAGCGAGGGAUAUGCAUGGAUCAUCACAGAUCUGCUAACGAGUCUUCUGGACUCGGUAGAUCCUUCAGUGAUUGAUUCGUCAAUGCAAGGUGUUCUUGGUGUAAAGCCAUAUGUUCCGAGAACAAAUGAGCUUAUCAAUUUCACCAAGAGGUGGAGAAAGAGAUUUCGUCAAGAGUAUUCAGACAUGGACCCAGUCGAACUCAAUGUUUUCGGGCUAUGGGCGUAUGAUGGCAUCACAGUAUUAGCAAAAGCAGUAGAGGAAGUGGGUGACACUGCCAUUCCCAAAUUCAAAAAAGCAGAUACUAUAGAGAAUUUAACAGACUUAGAUGCACUUGGAACCUCAGAAUUGGGAUCUCACCUCAUUCACUGUAUGCGAAACAUAGCGCUAAAAACAGGUCUAAGUGGUGAUUUCCGCAUUGCUAAUGGAGAAUUGCAGCCAUCCCCAUAUGAGAUUGUGAAUAUAAUUGGGAAAGGAGAGAGAAGCAUUGGAUUCUGGACAGAGAAGGAUGGGAUUUCAUGUAAACUGAAGAUGAAUGGUAAAACAGCAGCUAAGUGUAAUAAUAAGCAACUAGGAGACACUUUUUGGCCGGGUGAAUCUACUAGUGCUCCAAAAGGCUGGGAAAUACCCACAAGUGGAAAGAAGUUAAAGGUUGGAGUUCCUGUCAAAGGAGGGAUGCAACAAUUCAUUAAAGUGGAAAUAGAUUCAAAAAAACAAGAAGUAACAGCAACUGGUUUAAGUGCAGAUGUCUUCAAAGAAGUCAUCCGAUCCUUGCCAUAUGCUCUGCCUUACGAAUUUAUUCCAUUUCAAAUACCAGAUAACCCAACUUCUCCGGACUAUGAUCAUCUAGUUUACAAGGUGUCUUCUAAGGAAUUUGAUGCAGUUGUAGGUGAUGUGACCAUUUUAGCGAGCCGAUCCAAAUAUGUGGAUUUCACACUACCUUUUACAGAGUCAGGUAUUUCUGCAGUUGUGCCAGUAAAGGAUGAUGACAGGAAGAAUACUUGGAUUUUCUUGAAACCUCUAAAAGGGGAGCUUUGGAUAACAACUGGAGCAUUCUUCGUCUUCAUUGGUUUUGUGGUUUGGGUACUUGAACAUCGUGUAAAUGAAGAGUUUCGAGGACCUAAACGGAAGCAAGUUGGGAUGAUAUUCUGGUUUUCCUUCUCAACUCUCGUUUUUGCUCAUAGAGAGAGGGUAACAAGUAACUUAACAAGAUUUGUGCUGAUUGUGUGGGUUUUCGUGGUUCUGGUGCUGACAUCGAGUUAUACAGCCAGCUUAACAUCUAUGUUAACAGUGCAACAGCUUCAACCUACUAUAACAGACCUCAAUGAUCUCAUCAAGAAUGGAGAAUAUGUUGGAUACCAAGAAGGAUCCUUUGUCAAAGAUGUCUUGAAGCACAUGAAAUUCGACAGCUCCAAGUUAAGAAAUUAUAGCACAUUGGAAGACUAUAACGAUGCGCUCUCAAGAGGAAGUAAAAAUGGAGGUAUUGGUGCAAUUAUUGACGAACUUCCUUAUCUUAGACUCUUCCUCAACAAGUACUGCAGGAAGUAUAUUAUGGUCGGCCAGACUUACAAGACUGCUGGCUUUGGAUUCGUAUUUCCAAAAGGAUCACCUUUAGUACCUGACAUCUCAAGAGCAAUCUUGGAGGUGAUGGAGGGAAAGUUUAUGAAUGACGCAAUACAGAGAUACUUUGGGAAUGAAACAGACUGUGAACAAAAAGAUGGAAUGGCUAUAACAUCUGAUAGCCUCACGCUAGAUAGUUUUAAGGGCCUUUUCCUCAUAGCUGGUGUAACAGCAGGUUCCGCUCUCCUCAUAUUCUUCCUCAUAUUCCUCUAUCAGAAUAGGGAAAUCUUGACCACUGAUGAUUCAAUAUUGCGAAAGCUUUCUGCCAUAGCAAAGGUCUUUGUCGAAGAGAAAGAUAAAUGUAGCUCGUUAGAAAUAUUGGAUGAUGGCGCUAAAAGCCAACCGACUACACCGUUUGCAGCUUCCCCUGAAACAUUGCCCAACCUUCCUUCACAAAGCCCAGAAAGAACUGCAUCACCCCCAUAUGAAGGGUUCUCUACAACAGAACCUGGAACUCCAGUUCAAGAACCUGUUACAUAGGCAAAUGUAGAGAGAUGGUACACAUAACUGCUACUGCAAUUAUGAACAGCUUUGGAUAGAUUGUAUACUGAUGCGCUAGCAUUAGAAAAGUUGGACCGGAUUAAAUUAUCAUUUUGGCACUCAUGGCCAUAAUAUUUAUAUCAAAAGUUCAGGUGCAUAAGCAAGAUUUAAGAGGAUAUUUUGGCACUGUUGGCCAUAGCAUUUGUAUCAAGAUUUUAGGUGCAUAAGUAAGAUUUAAGAGGAUAUUUUGGCACUCUUGGCCAUGGCAUUUGUAUCAAGACUCAAGAGGAAGAGCAACAGACAUUUGCUUCUCUGAAUGUGUUGUGGAUGUGUUUGGUGGCAAGACGUAUGCAUGAAGGGAAGUCAAUUAAAUUAAGUAUUUAAUUAUAAUUUUUUGAGUAUAGCAUUCAGUAUAAACUCAAUUUUAACUUAUUUUUAUCAUAUUUUGUGCUC